UAGAAAGAAAAAGAAAAAAAAAAAGAAAAACCCAACUCCGAACCCUUUCUUUUGCUCCAAGCGCGCGCGCCGCCACUGGACUACCGCACCACCACCACCGGCCGAUCGAGCGCGGCGGCGGCUGCGGCGAGGCCGGCGGAGGAGGCGAGAUGAGGAAGCGGGAGAGGGAGAACCCCUGCGAGAUCUGCGGGCACUACCACAACAGCGAGGAAGGGGAGCGGUGCGGGGUCUGCGGCCACCGGUCGGGGCCGAUGGCCGGGGAGCCCCCGGCGACGCUGGACCCGGCCUUCCCCACCGAGGUCCUCAAGGACUUCCUCUUCCUCGGCAGCUACAACAACGCCUCCCGCUCCGAGGUCCUCAAGACGCUCAGCAUCACCCACAUCCUCAACACUGUGCCAGAUUGUCAGAAUCUCUACCGGAAUUCUUUCACUUAUCACUGCAUUCAGGAUGAGAGGAGCUUGGAUUUUGAUGGUGCAAACAGGUUUUUAGAACAGUGUGAAAGGGAGACAUCACGUGUUCUUGUCCAUUGCAUGUCUGGAAAAAACAGGUCUGCAGCUAUUGUAAUAGGCUACUUGAUGAAAUCUAGGGGAUGGAGACUUUCACAGUCUUACCAAUGGGUGAAAGACCGGCGACCACAGGUGCAACUGACAGAUGCUUCACAGAAUCAGCUCGUUGAGUAUGAACAGAAGCUUUUCGGACCCAAUGUUGGCGCACCUGCUCAAUCGUCGGUUCCAACUGAAUCAUUUCGUCCUCUUGGAUUUGGUUUCCCAAAACCGGCAGGUGACAUCCAAGCGCCCGUAUUCAACCAGCAGCCCGUGCCGUCCAUCUUCGAGCGAGUCAACCCAAGUAAUAUUCCUAGUAAUUUUACUUUUGGAGCAAUGGAGGCCAACACUCCUAUGGACGACAAUGGCGCGCCCGCACCAACUUCAGGUGAUAACCCGAUGGACAGCUCAUAACAAGUCAUAACUCAUAAGAGGACCUGACAUGUUCAAUCUCCUCUGUAGUGAUUAGUGAAUGGAUAUUACUGCCAGGCAUAUCUGAUAUGCAAAAUGGGAUGUUAUUUAGAUGGUCUCUAGAAUUGAUGAAUGGUUCUGGCAAAUGAUGGCAAUUGAUCAGGGUUAUAUGCACUGACUGCCAAUCAUGGCAAAUGGACCUGUGGGUUUAUAUGCAAUAGACUAAGUUAAUCAUGAUGGCACGCUUUUUCAGUCC